AUGCGUCUCCUCGACGUCAGGUCGAAGCAGCUCGUCGACCGCAAACUCUUCGACAGCUCGAGAACGCGCUACGCAAUCCUGUCGCACCGCUGGCAGGACGCGGAGCUGACGCUGCAGGACCUCGCGCGGCCCGACCAUGCCAGCCUGCCCGGCUACGCCAAGCUUUCCGGCGCCUGCGACCUCGCGGCGAACAAGGGCCACGAGUACCUCUGGAUCGACACGUGCUGCAUCGACAAGACGAGCAGCGCCGAGCUGUCCGAGGCCAUCAACUCCAUGUUCCGCUGGUACGAGCAGUCGGCCGUGUGCUACGUCUAUCUCGCCGACGUCAGGGCAGGCGGGCGUCCCGCGGUCUCGGCGGCGGCGGCGGCGGCGGCGCCCGAGAUUAGAGCGAGCGAGUGGUUCAAGCGCGGCUGGACGCUGCAGGAGCUGCUCGCGCCCAAAAAGGUCGAGUUCUACGACGCCGACUGGCAGUGCAUCGGCACGCGGACGUCGCUGCAAAAGGCCAUCAGCGAAGCGUCGAGCAUCCCCAGGCGUUUCCUGUCGGGCGAGAGCCAUAUCCGUUCCGCGAGCGUCGCGCAACGCAUGGCGUGGGCCGCCACCCGCCAGACGACCCGGCUCGAGGACCAGGCGUACUCCCUGAUGGGCCUCUUCGAUGUCAACAUGCCGCUCCUGUACGGCGAGGGGAGGAAAGCGUUUCUGAGGCUGCAGCAGGAGAUCAUGAAGAACUCAUCCGACCAGUCGCUGUUUGCGUGGGGCAAGAUGAAGAUGACCGUCGUUGAUCGCGAGCACUGGACGAUAACGGAGCUCGAAGAGGUCACGAAAACAUCAGGAAGCUAUUCGGGCCUGCUAGCCACGACACCGGCGCGGUUCACCGGCUGGGCGGACCGUUCCAUCGCCGCGACCUUUGGCCCAGAGUCGAGGAUUGAUCUCAGGCAGACGAGCUCGGGGAUUCAGAUGCGUGUCCCGGUGAUCUGCGGGAGUCAGGAGAACGUCCGCAUCGCGCUGCUCAACUGCCGAAACGUGGAUGACGACAAGCAUUCCGUCAUGGGUCUCCUCAUGGCGCGGCAGCACGCCGCGGCCGAGUGGCACCGCGCGAGGCCCGUCAUAGCGCCGGCCGGCGGCUCGGAUGACCCCGUCUACGUGGUACCAUGGGAAAUAGCUCAGUAUGCGGAAUACGAAACCAUCGAGACGCUGUCCACCUCGACCUGGCACAGUGCCCUGCAGUUUCCCACCCCCAAUAUCGAUGGAACAUGCGGCAGCAUCACCCUGCAGCUUGCCGACAACCUGCCCGAGCGCCUUCACGCAGUGACGCCUCGAUACCGCUUCCGCAAGGCUGAUCGCUCCGUGUUGCCGGCGUUUGAUGACCUUGGCCGUUGGAAAGACGUCACGCUGUUCUUCGGACCCAAGUGGUCGCAGGACGUCGAGCCAGAGGCCGAGCGAGGAUUCGCCAUCGUCAUGAGGCCGCGCAGCUUCAGCGAGGCGUUUUGGACCCUGUCCUGGCACUCUUCGCCCUUUAAAAGUCAAGUCGUGACGCUUCCCGGCGAGAACUACGUGUGCAGGUUCACGAGCCUCCACGUCCAGUCGGCCCUCCACCAGAGCCACGGCCAGUACGUGCUCGAAAUCCGGCCUGGAACCCCGCCUUCGCUCACAACGCUUGUUUACGACGCCUUCUUCCGGACAUCUACAGAUUACAGAACCGCCAUCGCCAUCUUGCUCGUGCAACUCUACAUCCACGCCCGCACGCUCAGCUCGGAGACAUGGUCGAGCAACCUAGUGUUCCUUCUCGGCCAGGUCUAUUUCUGCUGCGCCGCGUACUGGCAAAACUCGUGGCUCAGCAACCGCGUGCAGCUCGGGCGCUUACGGCUCCUUGUUUUUCGACCCAUGAACGUCCUCCAACACUUGACCUCGAUCGGGGUCUGCAUUCCAGGUCCCUGGCUUGGACUGCCCAAUGGCUACAACGCGGACAAGGGGUGGCCGGGGGUCGAUGAUCUGCUGCAGCGCUGGGUGUGGCUAUCGAGCUACUGCCUUGCGUUCCUAUUCCUCUUCAAGUCGCGGAUGGCUUUGGAAAGUAUGUACCAACCGGGCAGUGCAGCGUUGCGGCCGCUCAUGCUGAAGGGAAAUCAUUUUGCCGUUCUCGCGACGUAUGUGUCUUGCUUUGCAUACUUUUCCCUUCUGGGAUACUUCUACCCGGAAGCAAAUACCGUGCCCCACGUCAAGAUGUUGAGCGUGGGGCUUGUGGUCUUCUGGGCGUGUUGGCCAGUUAGGGCGGCACAGAGGGUGAUCGGUUAG